AUGUAUUUUCCAAAUUUCAUUUUGUUACAUAUUUGAGUCUAGAUGACUUUUAUUUUGAAAAGCCUUCCUCCGUACGAGGAUGCUGUGAGCGCUCGUGCCUCCCGUAGAAACGCCCUGCAUCCUCUCUUCAGCUACAGCGUUCAUCCUCCGUCUCGUUUUGCUCCCUAAGGCCUGAACCGUGAGGAAAACGAACCGAGCCCCGCUGGAGAAGAUGGCCUUGUAAACAACCGAACAGAACCGAGCAGAACCGCCAUGGACGCCUGGCUUUGCUCCUCCUUUCUCCGCCUCCUGCUCGUCGUUUCUGUGAGCCGCUUCCCGGUUUCUGCUAACAGGAGAUUCGGUUGCCUGUUUGACAACAAUCUGUGCACGUCGUACGAAGUCUGUAUGAACGAUGGGAUGUUUGGGAAGUGCCACUCUGUCCCGGCGAAGGAGGUUUACACCUACGACGUCUCCCCGUCUGUAGUGCAGCACUUUAGGAUUCUGCUGGAGAAGCUCUCCAACAGAGGUUUGACUUGGGAAGAUGAAACCACCCAACAGGUUUUGUCCAAUGAGCUCUCCAAACUGAGGAGGAUUCCCUACAGGCCAAAGCAGAAUGGACCAGUCUACAACACAAACAGCAGGAUGGUGGCUGAAGCCAUGGACCCGGAGGAUCAGAGGGUGAAGCCGGUGGAGGUGGAGCUCAGCAAAAAUCUGCAGACAUAUUUACAACGUUUGGGGCUCCUCCCUAAGACAUCAUCAGCCUUUAGUCUGAGCAUGCCCAGUAAGUUGCCGGAGAAGCAGAAACCUGGAUUUAGUCAGCUGCUGUCCCUGCAGGCUGAUGGUGACCGUCUCCUGGGUGCCUUGGGGCGCCAUCUUUCUGGGGAACAUUCCCUGCACAGGGACCCAGUGGCCCCAUCUGAGCAACAGGCGCCACCUUCUCGCCUCUUUUGGCCCUUCCACAGCAAUGGUAAAGAAAAUCCACUCAUCAGCAAGGAGACUUCCAACUCCAGGCUUCAGAAAAUGGGAAGAACUUCAUGGACUUCAGCCAAGGAUCUACUAACAUCUGUAGAUGAGAGGUUCAUCCAGAAUGUCCUGAAGAACGCUGGCAGCCAGCACGUGAAUGUGGACAAUCUGUCACCACAGGACUUGGACCAGCUGUCCCGCCUGAUCGCGGACGCCUUGCAGGUGGUUGACCGGGAUCAGCAGGCGAGCGGCGCUUUGAUCCGGGACAGAGGACCUGGACCAAGAGACCUGGAAGCGGAUCCGAAUGUGGCAGAGAAAGAGACUGGCAAAGUGGAAAAGAAAGAGAAGUUGCUGGAGAAAGCGCCCACGCCAAAACCACAGGAGAGCGCCACUUUGUCACUGGCAGCACUUCAAGAGCAUCACACCAAGGAAGAAGAGGCUAAUGCCAAGGACAAAGUUGAAAGCGGCAACCUCCUUACUAAACUCCUCGCCUACCUCGACAAAACCGCACUGACAGAUCCCCCUACGGCAAGGAACCGAGAUAGUGUCGCUAUGGAGACACCUCUGGGUCAGCAGGUUGGCCUGGAAAAUGUCCAGAGUCGCACCAGCGAAGCAGGAGUGACGCUGCAGAAGAAAGCUGCCACCCAGUCCAUAGAGGAGGUGUCGGAGGUGGAGGGCUGGAUCAAGGAGAUGGUGCCUCCUCCCGCCUCGCUCGUUUACGAAGAGCCACACAAAAAGACAAUGCAUGCUUCCGAGCUUCAGCUGGACGUCAAAACCAGCCGAAGGAAGCCGGACAGCGACGUCUUUGGUUACGUCAUAACAGAUACAGACCGGCUUCAAACUGAUGAAGGCCUCCACCUGAUGGAGAUUUUGGCUCGACGCGCAAAAAUCCAGAUGACCAACUUUGCAGAGCUCCUGGUGGUGGGCCCGGCCGUGACCUUCAAAGUGAGCCCCAAUGCCCAGAACAUCAGCACGGCAGAUGUGGCCGGCGUGGCAGUUAAGCAGAAAGCUGCUGUCGAGAAAGAAGCCAAACUCAACAUCCUGGAGGCCGGAGUGGCAGACGGAAACCAGAUCAAGCAGAUCCCGACCAAAUACAGCCAGACAGAGUCAACCAAGUUCCUCAUCCUCACCGUGGUGUCCAUCCUGUGCAUCGUUGGCGUGCUGCUGGCCUCCACCGUGGUCUACUGCCUCCGCCAUCGCUCCCAUCACAAGCUCAAGGAAAAGCUAACCAAUCUAGGGACAGAUGCUGGCAGCGAUGCUACCGCCACCUACCAGGAGCUGUGUCGGCAGCGGAUGGCAGCCAAGCCUCCUGCUGAGCGUCCUGAGCCCAUAUCCUCCAGGAUCAACAGUGUCUCGUCUCAGUUCAGCGAUGGCGGUCCCGCCGUCAGCCCCUCCGCUCGUGGCAGCAUCUCUUCCUGGAGCGAGGAGCCCGCGCACUCAAACAUGGACAUCUCUACCGGACACAUGAUACUGUCUUACAUGGAGGAUCAUCUGAAAAAUAAAGAUCGUCUGGAGAAGGAGUGGGAAGCGCUGUGUGCAUACCAAGCUGAGCCAAGUGCUCGCACCAUUGGCCUGAAGGAUGGCAACGCCAAGAAGAACCGCUCAGCUGCUGUCAUUGCAUAUGAUCACUCCAGAAUCACCUUGAGGGUGGAGAACAGCCAAGGCAACUCUGACUACAUCAAUGCCAGCCCCAUCAUGGACCAUGAUCCCAGAAACCCAUCGUACAUUGCCACUCAGGGCCCCCUGCCCUCCACCGUGGCGGAUUUCUGGCAGAUGGUGUGGGAGAACGGCUGCGUGGUCAUCGUGAUGCUGACGCCGCUUGUUGAGAACGGGGUGAAGCAGUGCUACCAUUACUGGCCUGACGAAGGAUCCAACCUGUACCAUAUCUACGAGGUGAACCUGGUGUCAGAACACAUUUGGUGCGAUGACUUCUUGGUUCGGAGCUUCUACCUGAAGAACAUGCAGACCAACGAAACUCGAACCGUCACUCAGUUCCACUUCCUGACCUGGCUCAACCAAAACGUUCCAGAGACCAGCCGGACACUACUCGACUUUCGCAGGAAGGUCAACAAGUGCUACAGGGGUCGUUCCUGUCCCAUCAUUGUCCACUGCAGUGAUGGAGCGGGGAGGUCGGGGACGUACAUCCUGAUCGACAUGGUCCUCAACAAGAUGGCUAAAGGUGCCAAGGAGAUUGAUAUCGCAGCGACGCUGGAGCACCUGCGGGACCAGAGGCCGGGAAUGGUCCAGACCAAGGACCAGUUUGAGUUUGCGCUCACCACCGUUGCUGAAGAGGUCAACGCCAUUCUGAAAGUUCUUCCUCAGUAGACACCAACACCGUUUCCAGUCCUCUUCUUCCUCCUCCAGCUAAAACGGCGGUCGCUGCUCCCUUUGGUUUCCUCCUAAGCUGCUAAUUUGGUUUUGAUUCCAUCGUGUUCCUCCUCCUUUUGUCUCUCCUCUAAAUCAGUUUUCAUGUAAACAUUUACCAGACCUUUCUGUCCUUUCAUUGUUAUCAAUAGUUACACUGUUGUUUUCCAUCUCAUGGUUUUUUUACCUUUUUUUCCAUCUUCAGUUUUUCCACAUCCUCACUUCCUCUCUCCAGAGGAAACUGCCCCUUUCCUUCUUUCCUCUGUGUAACUCCCAAAACAUGUGUCCAGAAACCACACAACCAUUGUUGUACAUAGACGGUGAAACGAUCCAUGCAGCUUAUGGUAUUUUUCCUGCUUUUAAGCACAUCUAGAUGGACUUGAAACUCUUUUUCCAUCUUUAUUUUAGUCACAUUUUUAGGAUUUGUUUUGUGUUAGUGUCGCACUAAAUAAUUCCAGAUUGUGCACAUAUUCUAUCUUGACUGUUUCAUCAAAUUGUGAUUGUUUUUAAUAUUUAGUGCCAUGCUGUGAUAUGUUUAAUGCAGUAGGCUAAAGUCAGUGUAACUCAAUGUUGAUGAGAUAAAAAGUGACUGAUUUCAAUUCUUAUAAAGUUGUUUAUUUUGUGGAGAAUCUAGAAAAUACAUCUGUUGUGGCAUUUAUAUUAAAAAAGAUACAUUAUUAUAAUAAAGGAUGGCUUUGCAUUUUAGUGUAAACAGGUUUGUGUUGUAUUUUUCUUUUUUUAUGGAAAAAACAAUUUUGUGGCUUGUCACUAAAGCUCAAUUCAAGUUCAACAAGUUAAACAAAUCUUAAACAAAGGAAAGUACAGAAUCAAUCAGGAGGAAUAGGAGAAAUUAAAAAAAAUGCUUCAUUUUAAAUUUUAUUUAUUCUGAAUAAUCAAAAGAUAUGUCUUUCAAUCAGUCGAUGCACAUUAUGGAUCUGAUCAUUUGGAAAUACAUUGAACCCAAAUGCAGGUAGGUUUUCCAGACCGUGGAUUGAACCAAACAGAAGGAGCAGUUUGGAUCAGAAGGGUGCAUCCCAGAUGUAGCAUUAAUGGAUGUACUGCACUGUAGCUGAGCCCCGUUUGCAUUAUAGCUGUGAAGCAUCUAUAUAUUGUUUUGUUGUGCUGUGAAUGCAAACAGGAAACUGUUCAAUUUGUGUGAUUCCUGCUGCGAAAAUAAAUGUACUUUUCUGCUGAAUAGA